GUUUGUUACUUGUUAAGAUUAACGCUCUCUCUCGCUUCUCUUCUUGCUAAUUUGCUUUUUGCUUCUGAAGUCCAAACCCGAGUAAACCACUUUUUUAAUUUUCUGUUCGGGCUUUCACACAUAUAUAUAUCUCUCUCUCUGAAGGGGAAAAAGUGGAGAGUUGAACAUUGAGGAGAAUGCUACCACAGAAAUUGAAGAAGACUAUCGCUGAUAAUCCAAAGAAGCUUGCUAAUCUAAUUGACCUUGUAAAUCUUCCUUCAACACUCCGAGAUUUUGUGGGUCAAUCUCAGAUUUCUCGUUUGGGCUGUUUCACGCGUGUUUGGUCGUAUAUCAAGGCCAACAAACUUCAGGAUCCCAACAAUAAGAAUGUAGUCAUCUGUGAUGAGAAGUUGAAGAGCAUUAUGUUAGGCAAGCCUCAGAUUGAGCUUGCUGAACUUCCUGACUUGAUCAAACUGCAUUUUCCCAAGGAGCAGAAGUAAGCUGCGUGGUUUGAUAUAGAGGUUUGCAUAUUCAUUUCAAAGCCAGCCCUUUCAUCAUGUUGCCUCUGACAUAUAUCUAGCUGCCUCAUGUUGUAAUAAGAAAGUGCUAUUAUGAAAUCACCAUUUUGGCUCCUGACUUUAAGUUGAGAAUUUAACUUUUUACUGAAGUUGCCUGUAUGUAGUAUUUUCUUUUGCCAUAAAAUAAUAACUUGAGCAA